UCAAUGGUCUCGUGCGGGAUAGUGUGGCGAGCGGCGCUUGCGCUCAUCGAAGCAGCGUGUUCUGCGCGAGAUUGCAGUUCUGCUUGUGCCAGCCUGGACGAGAGGAAAGACAUGUGCCAGCAUCUGACAGACCUGGCUCUCUGGACCUAAAUGCUACAAGGCAAUCGGUUGAGCGAGUCAUCGUGGAAUAAUAGAUGGAGAAGGAACGGCCACGCUGUCAGGUGACAUUGAGCCCAGAGUUUUCUCCUUUGGUGGAAAGAACAGGAUUUUCAGACAGACCCACCUUUACUACGCUGAAUUUCAGUCUCUGAAGUGGAUCAUCACCUGAACCAGACAGAACAUAAAGCAUCUGCAGAACACAGGGACUUGAGAACCAGACAGAGCACUCGUGGAAAAAAAAAAAAAAACAUAGCUGACAUGGAUUUCCAAGGACAAGAAAGGACAAGAAACAGAAGAGGCAGAAUUAUCUGUAACUGAAAAAAGUUGUAGUGGUAUUUCAUAAAAUUCAUUUGGAGAAGCUCUUCUCACAUCAAGCAAUAAUGUAUACAGAAUGCUCCAGUUGUGACAAAUAUGCACAAUCUAUGCAUAUGUUGAAUGAAACAAAGUAUUAAGCGAUGCUCUGAAUUAAUUCAAUUAAUUGGUCAUUCAUAGUCUGAAAUAAACAGUACUUCAGGCUUUCAUCCCAUUUUAUGGAGGCCUUGCAUAGCCAGUUGACCACAGGGGAGCAAUCUGGAGGUUCAGAAAAUCAGAAUGAGACUCCAGUGGACAGCCCCCAGCCACAUUCAGUCCCACAGUAUCAUGAACAGAACAAGGUUGUCACCCAGCAGCAUCAUGCACAACAGCAAAAACGUAUUAAUAUUGAGAGAAAGCGCCUCAGAUUACAGAAGAAAACUGCUCAGGAGACAGACACUGUUGAAGAGGGAAAGCCACCGAGGGCAUCUGGUGGUUCUGAAUAUCUUGAUGAUAACAUGAGGCAGCCUAGUGAAAUGCCAUCUGGAGCUUCAUCCUCAGCAGUAUCAGCUAUACCAUCUUGUUCCAUGGAUGAAGCCCUGGAAGGUACACCUCGACAAAAACGUGAGCGUAAACCUCAAAAGCCUGGAAAGUAUGUGUGCUCAUACUGUGGUCGUGCUUGUGCCAAGCCCAGUGUGCUUCAGAAACACAUUCGUUCCCACACUGGAGAGAGACCUUACCCUUGUGCACCUUGUGGGUUCUCCUUCAAGACUAAAAGUAACCUGUACAAACACAGAAAGUCGCAUACUCACAGGGUGAAAGCUGGUCUGACUGCAGACAGGGAGGGACCAAGUAUAAGUUGUUCAGAGGAGCCACUUACAGAAUCAGAUGAAGAAAGCCAACCAUCUUCCUUUUUAGAAAAACAAAGGAUAUCCAUUCAAAAGCAAAAUACCACAGACAAGUGCUCUGAGGGACAGUUACAAGGUACAGAGGAUUCCCAUGCAGUUAAAAAGAGACUUGCAAUGAGACUUAGCAGAGGAAGACGUACACCCAUUGGAUCAUCUGAUGAAACAUCCUCUUCAUUUGGUCUAAGUAGCAAAGGUAGCACAGAGUCAGGAUAUUUCUCUCGAUCUGAGAGCACAGAAGUCUCUCAAGAUAGUCCACCAAACACAAGUGCCAAAAGCUAUGCAGAGGUCAUCCUUGGAAAGUUUGGUCGCCUUGGUCAAUUACAAAGGACUGCUCAUCAGCAACAUGCCCAUCCUGCUGGACAAGAAAGUAAAAGAAUUCCAUUCUCUGUGCCUAAAAAGCAAGUCAUUGACCACAUAACUAAACUCAUCACCAUCAAUGAGGCUGUGGUAGACACCAGUAAGAUUGACAGUGUCAAACCAAGAAGGUUCUCACUCUCUAGGAGAAGCAGCACAGAACUGAAGCCAGCCUCUUCUAAAGAGCCUUUUAUUCACAGUCCAAAAGAAAUAGAUGUGAGUACAAAGAGCAGUGGUUCGAUUACUCUUGGUGUACCUUGUGAGAAAUUUCAGCACCAUUCUCUCAGUAUGCAACAAGCUGACCCAACAUCAACUGCUCCUCUUCUGAGAAGUCACUCCAUGCCCUCAGAUCCAAGUGUUAGUGAUGUGUCUGAAACUUCUCGUAGCCUUCGCCUUAGCCAAUCCUUUGAUGACCAGCAACCAGUUCAGAAUCGGCGUCAUGGUAUGCUAAGACGACAGCCUGCCAUUGAAUUGCCCAUCGGUGCUGAAAUUACCAUAGACGAGCAACCCUGUUCCAGCUCAUCAUCUCAUCCCUCAGUUCCUACAGUGCCUGAUCCCAGCCAGAAACAAGAGUCACUUGAGUGUGAUGCAUGUGGUAUAGCUUUUAAUGACUGGGAGAGAUAUCAAACACACAAACAAACCUACUGCACCGUUCAUAUUUCUCAACAAACUGAAAUUCCAGUCUAUCAAGUGGAAGAACACACAAGAACAUUCACAACUCGUCCUGGUGCUUUUGCAUUUAGAAAAAGAAGAAAAGAAGAGAGUAUCGAACUUGAUGAUCCUUCUUUACCCUCGGUUUCUUAUAUAUCACUCAAAGGAUAUACACCAUCUUGUGAACAGCCUAUUAAAGGGACAAUUGAAUUAGGUCAAGAACAUGGCACAGAAUGUGCUUUGAAAGGAAUAUCUGUCAUACAGCAUACUAGUUCAUUUGAGAAACAUGAUAGUACUUUAAAAACCUCUGGACCAGAUGAGGUCUCUCACUCUCAUGAUGUCUCCCAUUGUUCUCCUUGCUCACAAUCAAAGGAGCAGACAAGUAAACCAUACUUCCGUAAACUUGUACGGCAACACAAUGUCCAAGUGCCAGAGAUUCUGGUCACUGAAGAUUCAAACACCAACACCAUGGCAGUAUCACCCCCUCCAACUGUCCCUAAAAUCAAGGAUACUGAAAAAGUCAGUGAGUUCCAAUGGCCCCAAAGAAGUCCGACUUUGGCCCAACUUCCAAUUGAAAAGUUACCACCUAAAAAGAAACGUCUCCGCCUUGCAGAAGCUGCCCAGUCAUCAGGGGACUCAAGCUUUGAAUCGAUGUCCCUGCCUCACAGUCCAAGUCAAGACAGUUGUGUGUCUCACACCUCCAGUCGAUCAACUUCAUUUGAAGAGGCUUGCAAAGCUGAUGCAGAUAUGAUGCCAACUAGAAGAUCAAGAGCCAGUCAUACUUUGACAAUUCCCACAAAUUCUCACCGAGAAAUGAGGCGCUCUGCAUCUGAGCAGGCACCCCAUGUUCCUCAACAUGUUAACCUUAUUAAGGAAACUCGCAGUAAGUCAUUUGACUACAGCAGUUUGUCUCCAGAUCGGACCCCUGCAGGAUGGAGGGAAAGGCGGAAAUGCCUUCUAAUGAGGCAUAGUGCAGUGAGGGAACCUGAGGAAGAAGAUCAAUCUUCUAAAGUCUUCAAGACCAGUUCUCCAACUCAGAGGACUAGCACAUCACCUAGCCAUAGCCCAGGCAUCUCCUACAGUACAACCACCACCCAUCUUCUGUCUUUAAGCAAUACCGUACACUCAUUUAGUGAGAAGCAGAUCAUGCAAUCACAGGAUGUUUUAUCAGAGAAUACCCAGCAGAAUGCAUUGCAGUUGACCACAUUGAUUUAUACUGAACAGCCCACAACAAUGGGAAGUCUGGUUUGUCCAUCAGGUGCUGCCAGAGCUCAUUAUUCUUCAAUGUCGACAGGACUCAAACUUGAAAUUCCAAUGGAUAAUGACUUAGUGAAUUCUGAUACAAGGGUGAACCAACCAUACCUCACUAAUUAUCACCACCAUCAGAAUCUCGGUUUUGACGUUACUUCAAACACAGAACUACUGACACCAUUACCAGCCCAGAGAAUUCCAGUCCGUCUUAAUUCACACCUUCCACACCAUGCAGGCCCCAUUUAUACUACAGUUUCACAAACAUUUGCCUCAAGGCAUCAGGAACCUUGCUGCUCUGGAGUCAGUUCAGUUGCAGUGGCCCCAAAGUUUGAAAUUAUGGACCAACAACCAAUAUCUGAUGGAUCCAAAUCAGUAAGUGCUGGAGCAACUAAACGCGUGCUAUCCCCCACAAGCAGUGAAGAGCUCAGCCCAGAAAGUGAGCAACAGCAAAAACGAGUGAAAGAGGAGGAGAACCAGGGAAAUGAAAGGGGAAAUGAUGAAGUUUUGAUUAAAUGCAAGAAGGAUGAAAGACUGGGUGAGCAAAGUGUCAUCUUCCCAACAGAACACAAAGAACCACCAUUUCUGACUCUUAACACUAACCUUACUUUUAGCUGGUGCUAUCUAAACUACACAAAGCCCAAUCCAUCCAUACAGAGUGAACAACAAAACUCAGUCUAUUCUUCAUGGUGUACAAGUACCCGCAAUCCAUACCCUCCUGGCCUGACAAGCAAGGAAAUGCUAGCCCUGUUGCACUGCAGGCAGAGACAAACACCACUCAUCUACACCAUGGCAGCCAUUUCACCCUCUCUGGACAGGAAACAAGAGACGCCUGAAUCCCAAAAGCCUAACGUGACUGAGGUACAUGCCGCUCAUCCCACAGAACCGAAAGAAGCCCAGCAAGCUGAGUUGACAGAUGUAGAAAAGAAAACAGAGGAGGAGAAGGACGACCAACUAUCUACCUCCAAGUACAGCUCACGGGUACAGAUUUGUGAGGGAGGCUACAGGUCAAGUGAGGAAUACGUGUAUGUACGUGGCCGGGGGAGGGGACGAUAUGUAUGUGAAGAGUGUGGAAUACGCUGCAAGAAACCCAGCAUGCUACGCAAACACAUACGACUACACACGGAUGCUCGACCUUAUGUCUGCCAGCACUGUAACUUUGCCUUCAAAACCAAAGGGAAUUUAACCAAACAUAUGAAGUCAAAGGCUCAUGGGAAGAGGUGUCCAGAGGGAACUGCUCCAGGACCAGUUCAGUGUGAGCUUGAGACAGAUGAGGGAGGUGACAGUGAUAAACAUUUUCUUGAGAUGGAUCUGGUGGAAGAGCACCAGUUCUCAGAUGCAGAGGAGACAGAUGUGGACGAGGCUGAUGAUAAUGAUGAGGGUGACGAGCAAGCUUCAUGCUCCUCUUCAUCGUCUAAGAGUACGUCUCUCUCCAGAGAUAAUUCUGGCUCCUGUGACAUCUCAUGCCUUUCAAACCCAGGCUGGGAACAAAAUCCCAAACCGCCUGUCAGUAUGAGCCCCCGAAAACCAAGCCACUAUGGAGAAGCUGCCUCUCCAAAGACCACAAAGUCUAUAGUAACCCUUCCACACCUCAAACCCACCACAGGAAAAUGCUCGUCCCCCAUCCGCAGCCUGUCUCCUGGCCUGCAAAUGUCCCCUGCUUUACCGCAGUCUCCUCAACGAGACAUGUCCCCUCUACGCUGUCCCUCUCCGAGACAUAGUCUCUCUCCAUCAUCCUGCCUGUCCUCUUUGUCUCCUUCUAACUGCCCAGUCUCAUCGUUCCCAGAGAGACGCGUGUCCCCCAUUAGAGCCCUGUCCCCCAUACAACCUUCGCCUCACAGUUGUCCUAUUGCAUUGACUGUUGGGGCCAGUGUGACUGUUCAGUACCAAGCUGAUAGACCCAGAGAUUCUACAGAAGUCUCACUCAACAGAUUACACCUGAAGACCAAACCGGAGAAAACACACAGUCCUCAGAGAAGGACCAACAUGACACAGUCUUGGCCUCUGCCACAUGGGCGUCUCUCCAGGAACAUGCAGCCGAGGGAAGGCCAGUGUGUGUUAAGUCACCUGCCACUGCACUCCCAGCCCCAGGUGAUGAUUCCCAAUCUCACCCUCACAAUUCCUAUAGGCGGGAUCCAGAUGGUGCAGCCACGCUCCAAUAUGCUCCUCCGAAGUGCAUCUCUGAACCACAGUGUGGCCCAGAUGACUGUCACUGUGCUGACAAAGGAGAAAGGGGCUGAUAGGAGUCCUACAGUUGAAGUUCCUCAUCGUAAAAAUCAGCUGAUAGUGUUCACUGAGCCUACGGUGGAGAUGAGCUCUAAAAGUAACACUUCCUCCGAUGAAGACAAGGAGCAAAUCCGGGGAGUGAUUCAGUCAGAGCUUGUAUCAAAAAAGAGGGAAGUUUCCAGUGUUCCCAUGACGACCUGGAAGAGUAUCUCUCAAAGAAAUAACAGAAAGCAUUCUCGAAGUCCCAAGAAAGCUCAGCCAGUAGACAGCUCAAGAACAUCCAUGGACACUAAGUGUUAAAGAAAAAGUUCAGCCAAAAAUGAAAAUUCUGUCAUCAUUUAGGUAUACGUAACAUAUGUCAUUCCAAACCUGCAUGUUAAACAGAAUGUUCAGUUUUGCAUUUGGUAUUGUCCAGAAGCGUCGGAAAUUAACAGGAGCUUAGGGCAAAAAUGCCACCAAAAUGCACGAGACUGCCUGCAUAGACAUAAAUCAACACCUACAUCUUUAUCACCACCUUCUGGCGUGUUUGAUAUGCAGGCAGGAGAAAUAAUAAAACAGGAUUAUUUGCUCAGCAGGCAUGACUUUGAUAGUCUACAAUGCUCAGCCCUGCAACCUUUUGUGCAAUAGGAGUAGAUAAAAAUAUAAUGCUGUAAUUGACACUUUUCACAAUUAGAUAAUCAGGGCAGUUAGGGCUGCACAAUUAAUCAAAAUUAAACUAAAAAUUAAGAUACGACUAGUGUGAUUAUCAAAUUGCAAAUUCUGUGAUUUAAUUAAAUAAAUAUAUGCAUUGCGUGUUUCACAGUGAUAAUAAUAAUAAUAAUAAUAAUAAUAGUAAGAGUAAUAAUAAUAGUAUAGUAUCUACAGUGCACAGCAUAAAUGAGUACACUCCCUCUGAACAAAUACAUAAGAUGUAUUUUCUUUAUGAUCACUAAUACAAUUCAUGGAAAGAUGGCAAAACUAAAAUGUAUUAAACAUAUACAUAAUAAAAACUGAGAAAUAUAUAUCAUUAAUAGCCAUAAAAUAAGUAAAUUAGCCAAUUUUGUUUAAAUUAAGGAUUGGAGAAAUGAGUACUAGAUUUAAUUCAACAAAUGUAUAAUAUUCUAGCACUUAGUAUGCCCUCCAUAAUUUUGAAUAUACUGCUCUGACCCUUCUUGGCACGGAGUGUACAAGUUCAUGACAAAUUGUCAUAUCUGUCCUGUUUAACUCCUGGAUGAUGACCUCCUUAAAUGCCCUGAUCUUUAAUGGGAAAUGUUGCUCAACUCGUCUCUACAGAAUCCCCCACAGGUGCUCAAGAGUGUUAAGAUUGAAUGCACUACAUGUCCACAAAAGGUUUUUCACCUUGGAGAAUGCAUAUCCUCAUUGUCAUGUUGAAAAAAUGCCCAACAAUGCAGGGAAUGAGGAAAGGGUAACAUCUUUUGUUUCAAGUUUGUGUAUUAAAUUACACAGUGGUGUGGGAAUUCAUGACAGCAUUGAUAAAGCACAACUCCCUCACACCUUAAGCACUCAUACAUCCCUAUAUAAUAGCUUUACUACCACUGAACUUUACUGUGGGAACCAGGCACUUCUCACUGUACUCCUCCUCUAGCAACACCAUAACAUUUUGGAUGCUCUUAGAUCCAAAAUGAUUGAUUUGGUCUCAUGAGCCCAAAGUAUUGAUUCCCAGAAUCUAUAUUUUGUAAAUAUGGGCUUUGGAAAUGGCUAACUGACUUUAUUGUGCUUUGGCUACAGUAGGUAGCUCCAGUGAGAACAACAACCAUGCAUGUCAUUUCUUCAGGCUGCACCUUACUCUGUGAGAUAAACAGUCACUUUUUUCAUAGCUUUUGCUGGCUCUGAGACACUCGCUUGGUAUUUCUCCUGGUCUUUGUCUAACAAAAAAAUCCCUCAUCACUAAACGAAAGCUUAAAAUGAAGGCCUAAUUAUUUCAGGGGCCUUGUCACAAGUCCAUGGUUUUUGAAUUUCUGUGUUACUUUUGCUAUAUUUUCACACUUAAAACAUUGAUUUGGUAAUCUUCUUGUACCACUGUCCUCUUUUGUGGUAAAAAAAUAAGUCUCCUGACAGUUCUCUCCCAAGUGGUUCCUUUGUUGUCAGCAUUAAGUCUGAGAAUGAUUCAGUGGGCUAUAUAGCACUUUUAAUUGUCAAGAAAUUACAUCUCUUUAAAGAGUCUCUUUAAAGAGUCUUGGUUCAACAUACUUACCUGUUGAUCAAACAUUGCCUUAAACUUACACCAGAAAUUUUUUAUUUUGUUUUAUUUAGUAACUUUUAGGAGGGUGUACUCAUUUUUGCUACACAACAUUUUAUCACCUUGAUAAGAAAAUCUUAUUUCCUGAAUAAUUUUGACAUGCUUCUUUGGUAAUUGAUUAAGCAGACUUGCUGGAACAUUAUAUCUCUAAAGAACCCUAACAUGUCUUCUAAGUAAUUGAGUAAUUGCUGACUUUCAGAAGUUUCAGAGGGGGUGUACUCAUUUAUGCUGUGCACUGUAUAUAAUCACAACAUUCUGGCCAAAUUGUGCAAAAAAGCACAGCAAGCCUGGAAUUUUUUAAAUCAUAUUUUCAAUUGCAAAUGCAUUUCAUCAGAAAAAUCGCAAUUAUAUUUCCCCCCCAAAUUGUGCAGCCCUAACAGCAGCUGCUAAAAAUGUAGUAAAAGUUUUCAAAAGAGUUCCACGUGUAAUACUUAUUUUAGUGACACUUUAUGGUAAGGUUUCAAUAGUUAACAUUAGUUAAAGAAUUAACAAACAAUGAGCAAUACAUUUGUUAGACUAUUCAUUAAUCUUAAUCUAUUAACGUUAGUUAAUAAAAAGUACAACUGUUCAUUGUUAGUUCAUGGUAACUCAGGUCCAAUAAAUAAUAUUGUACAACUUCUAAAGGGGUCAUGAACUGCAUUGUUUUAUUGUUUUAUAAUGUUUCCUGGGGUGCACUUAUAAUGUUAAAAUGCUUUUUACAUCCAAAAUGGUCAUAAUAUAGAAAUAAAAGGCAUUUUUCCUACCCUGAUUUUAGCACUCUGAUUUGAACACUUUGUUUUAAGGGGCGUGUCUGCUGUGAGACUUAAGUGUAAACGCCCACUGCUGUGAUUGGCUAACAUCUUUCCAUUUGAAAUAGCUAAGUAUUACGCUCUUGAAAACUUUUAGCACGCUUUUACUAUUACAGCUCUCAAGGUUAACUAAUCGUGAUAAGUGUUGCAUUACAUUUAGAUCUAUGGCAUUAUAUUUAGAUAGUGGCAUGAAAGGCUGCAGUGAUGAAGAUUGUAGCCGAUCACAGACAUGUUGUUGAGCGUAUGAAAGCAGUGAUCUCGUCAUUGCAAAUCAAUUUCUGCACACUAACGCAUGCUUUCAUCGCAACUAACAGUGCAAACGUGAUAUAACUAAGAGAUUCGCUGAAUAAAAUGGGAGUUUUGGCGCGUGUCCAGAAUUCUGAUAAAUUCGCGCUGUUUCAUUGACAGCUCCAGCGAUUGCAAAGGAAGCUUUUUUGAUCGUUUUCUUUAUAUAAUUUAAUUACCGUUUAAAUAACAGACUAUUUUCAUCCUACUAAGAGAACAACGUGAAGUUGACCGUUUAGUCACUGGUUUGAUUUACUGACACAUAGACAAAGAACAUCUGACUGUACAUGAAUCAUUGCAUAUCAGGCAUUAGAAUUAACACAGUUACUUGCAUGUUGUUGCAUUCGAGUCCAUAUCAUAAAAGUCAGUUUGCAAAGCCUGCGCCAGAAUGCGAUUGAUUUACCAAAGAAUCUACAGUGAAAUUGUGAUAACAAAUAAGUAAAUCUCAACUGAGACAUUCACAUUGUUAAAAAUAAAUGACCAUAUUCCCAGCAUUAGAAUCCUUUUAAAGGUAAUGUUAUUUUUGUCCUGUAUCGCUCUCCUCUCCUCGUCAUCUCACUAACACGCCAGUGGGCGGGGCUAACGUUGCAAUGAUGAAGUAGGCAUUGAUUUCUUCUGCGGAGGCGGUGUUUCAACUAUCUAUGACGUCAUAUAGGCACAUUCCAGGAUCAGUCGUUCGCUGGGCCUGGUGUCAAUAGAGUACCUCAGGAAUGACGUGUUUUUAUAGGCAAAACCCGGAAGUGAGUUAGCAUUUUAGGACUUCCGGUUCCAUCGCCCUAAAGUCUAUGGGUUUUUGAAUUGGUUUUUGCUAAAUCGCCUGAAAUAAGGUCUGUGGUUAAAAAAGCCUCUAAAUAUUUUCACGUUUUGAUCUAUGACAUAAAACACACCAGUUAUAACCCGCUUGUGAUUUUUUAAACCUUUAUUGUGUUGCUAGCAAGUUGCUAAAAGGGACUACUUCCUUUGGCGGGGACUUUAGACGUCAUCAUGACAAACAGGACAUUUGGACAGCAUUUCUCAUGAAAAAAUGGAUAAGUACUCAUACACAGCACAGAUCAUAAUCAGCGAGCAUGUUUUUAAAUAAAGUUUGAGGAAACUUGGUGGUGGUCCGUUUAUAGCCUACUGUUAGCUUUUUAUAUCUGACGACUUUAUUUAGGCUUAAAUGUAUAAAUGUUGUGUUAACUUGUAAAGAUUAUCUUGAUAGACAAAAUGUGUAAGUGUCAUAACCCUUGAUUAAACACAGAGCUUAUGUUUUGCGAUUUUCCAAAAGUCUAUGGGAAAAAUGCAUAGGCUUUCGAUCGAGGGAACCCGUGCGCCACUAACUUCCGGGUUGGCCUACAAAAACAUGUCAUCCCUGAGGUACUCUAAAAGUUUUUACUGGACUAACAAGGAAGUUUUCAGUUCUGAAACUUAGAGGAUAUUCUUAUAGUAUGAUGACCACUUAUAUAUCAAAAGCUCAAGGAAAAGUUGCUUACUCAAUUCAUGACCCCUUUAAUAUUAAUUAACAUAAAGAUUAAGAAAUGUUUUAGAAGUAUUUUUUUCAUCGUUAGUUCACUUUAAUGUAGUGAACAAAUGGAACCUGAUACUGUUAUUUGUUAUUUCACGUUAUUACCCAAUCACAGCAGUGGGCAUUUCCAUUGAAGUUUUAAGGGAAACAUGCCUUUUAAACAGAGCGUUCCAAUCACAUAGCUGAAAUCAGAGUAGAAAAUGGCCUUAUAUAUCUAAAUUCUAACAGUUUUUGAUGUAAAAAUUCAAAAAUGCAGUCCAUGACAAUGGCAUGGUUUCAGAAUACUUAUAGGGCAUGCUUUAUAUGAAUCACUUUAGGGUAUCAGCGCUUUUUUUUUUUUGUAGCUUGAACAUUCUGUUUAACAUGCAGGUUUGGAUAUGAGGGUGAAUAAAUGAUGACAGAACUGUAAUUUUUGGGUGAACUAUCUUUUUAAGGUUCUGUCAGAUUCUGUGUACCACAGAAAAUGUCUCAGACCAUGAUUCAAGUCACAAAGCUUUGCUGAAUAACCGGAGUCAUUUUUGCUUUGUUUAACCUAUUUAUGUAGAUAAAAUAUGUUCCUGAUCUAUGUAUAUUUUCUUGUCUGCAGUCUACAUUUUACACACACCAAACACACAUAUAUGUGUGUGUGUG